AUGGGAGUGUUCUUCAAUGUCAUUAGACCAAUUGUUAGUCUUAUUCCAACAAUUAAUGAACCAACUAAAAAGAUUGGAUUUAAAGAAAAAAUGAUGUGGACAGGAAUUACAUUAUUGGUAUUCCUUGUUUGCAGUCAAAUUCCAUUAAUUGGAACAGAUAUUGUUGGUAAUGAUCCAUUUUAUUGGAUGCGUUUAGUUAUGGCAUCAAAUAGAGGAACACUAAUGGAGCUUGGAAUUUCACCAAUUGUUACAGCAUCAAUGGUAAUGCAACUUCUUCAAGGAGCUAAAAUUAUUUCAGUUGAUAUGGAUAAUCAAGAAGAAAGUGAAUUGUUUGAAGCAUCACAAAAAUUAUUUGGACUUCUUAUGACUCUUGGACAAGGAAUUGCUUAUAUUAUGUCAGGAAUGUAUGGAGAUCCAUCAGAACUUGGAUUUUUCAAUUGUUGUUUAAUUCUUCUUCAAUUAUUUGUUGCAGGAUUAAUAGUUCUUCUUCUUGAUGAAUUACUUUCAAACGGAUAUGGAUUUGGAUCAGCUAUUUCAUUAUUCAUUGCUACUAAUAUUUGUGAAUCAAUUGUAUGGUCUGCAUUCUCACCACUUACUACUAAUGCAGGAACAGGAUCACAAUUUGAAGGAUCAAUUAUUAAUUUCUUCCAUUUAUUAAUCACUAGACCAGAUAAAUUAGGAGCACUUUAUGACGCAUUCUUUAGAACUGAAGCAGGAAAUUUAAGCAAUUUAAUUGCUACAAUAGUAGUUUUCUUAACUGUUAUGUAUUUCCAAGGAUUUAAAGUAGAUAUUCCAUUAUCAAGCAAACAAGGACGUGUUGAGUCUCAAAAUUAUUCAAUUAGAUUAUUCUAUACUUCUAAUAUGCCAAUUAUUUUACAUUCAGCACUUACUUCUAAUAUUUUCAUUAUUUCACAACUCUUAUUUAAGAGAUUCCCAACUAAUUUCUUAAUUAACUUAUUUGGAUCAUGGUCUGUUGUUUCAUCAAGAGGACAAAUGUAUCCAGUUGGUGGACUUUGUUAUUAUCUUACUGCUCCAAAUAGUAUUUUUGAAUUAGUUCAAAACCCAAUUCAUGGAGUUAUUAGUAUUGGAUUGACUGUAUUCAUGUGUACCAUCUUCUCACGUGAAUGGAUUAAAGUCUCUGGAAGUUCUUCUGCUGAUGUUAAGAAACAACUUGCUGAUCAACGUGUUUCUAUUAGAGGAUUCCGUGAUGGUGAAAGUUCUGUUUAUCUUCUUGACAAAUAUAUCCCAAUUGCUGCUUCAUUUGGUGGUAUGUGCAUUUCUCUUCUUUCUGUUGGAGCUGAUUUACUUGGAGCUGUUGGUUCAGGAACUGGUAUUCUUCUUGCUGCAACCACUAUUUCUGAAUAUGCUAAUACUUUCCAAAAGGAAUGGAAACGUGAAAUGGGAGCUGAUUUUGCUUUCUAA